AUGCCAGCCACAGCAGAACUCAGGACGCUUCUCAUCAGAAAGGAUAAAGUCGCUCCAGCUCCCGCAUCCACCGCGAAACUCGCCCCCGGACAAAUCCCCAACCACCUUGGGUCACCUUCGGAGGUCCAAGACUUCCACCGCAUCGUCGAACUCUAUUCGGUUUUCACUAAGACCUGCUUGGUCUCAGUAACACUUCCAGAGUACCGCUUCGAUGUCGACAAGUCCAACCACAGCCACGUCUUCUUCAAUCUCGUAACAGCCAUCAAUCAGUUCUCCCGCCUCGCUCGCUGCGAAGUCGUCUUUCGCAUGCCGAACGAAAACUUCACGCAGCUCACCAACGCUUGCCAGUUCUACCGUCUCAACUUCAAACAAUGGAAAUUGUUUAGCAAGAUCGGAACUCAACAAGUCGGACAAAUCGCAGUCGGAUCGAGAACGGAUCGCAGAUUGAAUGGUUGGUUCAAAGUCAACAUCGCCGGUUCUCCAUGA